UUGACAGCUGCUGUCAUUGAAUUUAAGCGCUAAAUUUAUCUGUCGCUUGGGUUCUGAUUUAAAAUUGAAAAUAUUCGAAGCAUUUGUGUGGCGUCCAAAACAAUUAUAAUUUUUGAUAUAAACAUGAAUUUUACAUCAAUACUAAGCUUAUCUACGGAAGAAUUGCAAAACUUAUCGAAUCAACAAAUUGUAGAUUGUGUUCAAGCAGCUUUAAACGAUGACGGUGAUACAUGUUCAGUAUUUGAAUUUGCAUUUACUCGGUUUACCAGUAUUUUAUCCCUGAUUGAAAUCAAUGAAUUCAUUUUCCGGCAAAUUCUACCAAUCCUCAGGAAAUCGUUCGAUGAUGCAAUUGUCGAAGAACUUCCAGACGUAAUUCAAACCAUCCUUCAACUGUUCAUGGAAUUGUCACAGAGUGUCCACGAGAAAUUCGAUGAAAUUAUCGUAUUUUGUAUAACCGAUAUUCAUCUUAUUUUGACGAAUACGCUUCAUUUUUUGUGCAAAACAAUAUCACACACUUUUCUCUACAGUCACGAUCCGAUAAAUAAAUUGCUAAAUAUGAUGCAAGAGUCGAUCAAUAAAAUAUUGGUAUCACCGAAAUUUGAACCGAAUGUCACAGUGGAUGAAUUGAAAAAUGGUCGAAGUGUAUUGCAAGGAUUAGUUGAGCUUGGAUAUCAGCAAUCUCAACGAGAUGAUUUGAAAUCAAUGGCCAACACAUGGAAGCAUGUGUCAAAGUUUGCUAUGGCUUUUCAUCCCAUCUAUCGAUCACUUCACGAGCAGAAUUUAUUGGACAUCGAUGAAAGCGAGGGCGAUCCUUUGGACUGGAUUGCAUUUUAUGUGCAGAUUCUUUGCAAUUUGAUUACAUGCAAUGUGGAUAAAGCGGUUAAUCCAAACUUCAAAGAGAAGAAACAAAAUGUAACGAAGCUUGCCAAUUUCUAUGUCAAGCUUUUGGAUAAUUUAGCAAAAGAGUAUGCAAACGAAGAUUUCCGAGGUCAAAGCCAUUUCAUCAAACUUUAUCAGAUGAUUGAUAAUAUUUCUGAAAAAUGUGACGAUGAUGACGUGAAAAAUCAUUUACUAACGUUGAUCACUGGACUUUCAAGUAUUUUAUCAAAUGUAUUUAAUUGUGAUCGAUUUUCCAAUGAAUUACUUGAAAACUAUACUGGCGAUCAUAUGCGAGUUUGUUUGGAAGUCACAAAACUCUUAAUACAGUCAUCCAUCACAUCAAGUGAUUGGUAUUUAAACCAUGAAAAUCUCCAUAGAAAUAUACUAUACCAUUUGCUUUUCGAUUGUAUUUCCAAAGAAAUGCAUCAGCUAUACAGGUUCAGUCAUCUCUAUGAUAAACUCUUAGUUUUGUGCACAAUGCUAAUGGUGACAACGAUGAAUCAACAAACAGACAUAUCUUUGGAAUAUAUUCUCGUUGAAGCAACAUUGAUGGAUGAUGCCGUUUUCCACAUACCCAUUAUACUGGACAUUUGGACGCAAUUUCUUCGAUAUGUAUCAAAAGAAACGCUACUUUUGUAUUGUAAACUCUGGAUGAGUAUCAGUCGUAAUUUUUCGGCGAUGCCACGAAAUCCAUCAUGUGUUAUAGUUCAAAAACUGUUAAAGCAUACACUGAACUUGGUGUCUGAAUCAGAACGAUCGCAAAUACUUUGCGACCAAACGCAGGAUGAUUUGCCACCAUUACCCUUAUUAUGUUUUGAUGGUAUCGCUGAUGUUCAAGCUACCAAAUUGCAGCGAUACGCUCAAGAGACUAUAAAUAAAAUAAAGCAAACCAUGAACAAACUUAAUCCAAAAAGUGAGAUUGUGUCAAGCAACGAGUGUAACGAACUGAUGGCUGCAUUUUCAAAUUUCCAGCAACCAGCAUCACCGCAUUUGUUGAGCAUUCUAAAUGAUGCGUCUCUCACGAGUUCUCUGAUCGAUGCCUUAUCCAGAUCCAAAACGAGAAAUGUUCAAAUUUUACUGUCCAGUGUGAUUAAAAUUUUGCUAUGGCAAAAAUACCUAUGCAAGAAUAGCACAGUGGAGAUUGACUAUUCUGAUUCGUCCGAAGUGCAAAAAUUCUAUGUACUUGAAUUGAUUGCACUCGCUCAAUGGUCAACCAAUGCUUCGAUGGAACUAAGCGAAUUCGAAGGCACGGACGACCUAACACAAGUCAGAAUGAGAAGGCUCAUUGAAAAUGGAACGCAGAAUGGCAACAGUCAAUGUCAAAUGUCGAUUUCCACCACCGAAUCUUUGGAAUACGUUCAGCAAAUACUACAAGUCAAUCGUGAAUUUGGCUGUGCAUCACACGAAUCCUGUUUGAAUCAAAGUGCUUGGAUUAAAAGAAGUAUAGAUCAAAUAAUUUUGGAAGCACAAAAGCUAGAGCAUUCCACGAAGACGGAACCAAACGUAAACCUGGAACAGUUUUCAGACGAAAUCACAUAUCUCGCCGAUCUUUUCACUCGUUUAAAAAAUCAGAUUUAAAAUCAUUUAUAUGAAUAUAUUAGGAUAAGUGAAAAAAAUGGUGUCUGCUGCGUAAAUUGAUAUUAUUAUGAGUUAAUUUUAAAAUAAUAAAACUUCAUGUAUUUGUUUGUUAAAUCCACAUUUAAUUUGUUUGACAAACGUGCUUUAAAUUUCCUAGACCAUUUUGAUAUUUAUUUUACGUCACUUUUAGACACUUUGUUUUUCAUCGAUGAACAAAAAAAUAAUAAUAAUAAUAAUAAAUUUUAACGGUAAUUUUAUACUCAAUAA